UUUUCAAUUUCUUUUGAUUGUUUGUAGAUGCUGGACUUUAAAACAUAGUAUUUUCUACCUUGUCUGUGCAUAUUGGGCUUAAAAUGUAUCAAAUAUGAAGUGCUCAACCAAUUUUGAUAGAUUAGUUUUUUCUGGUGAAAGAAUGAAAGAAAAAGGAAACAUGAAAUCAAAUAGGAGAGAAGUACAAGAAACGAGUUUGUUGUAAGUAAUGUGAGAAAAAAAAUGAGCUUUUCAUAUGUUUAAAAUCUGUGACAAUAAAUCUGAUGAAGGCCUGGUUUGGUCAGGGUAAGUUGCCUACCAGUUAUGCCUACCACCAUUAGAAUUCUUUCCUAAUGGUCCUUAUGGCAUGUUAUAUUUAGCUAAAUUGAAGUGGCGUUUAGCUUUUUGAAAGAAGCAUUCAGUAGUAUUUGGUGAUUAUUGUUUUCUCAAGAAGAGAUAAACAAGAGCUGCAAACUUGAUCGGUAUGAUGACAGGAGGUAAUCCUCAUGUGUUUUCUUUUCCAUUGUCCUUUUGGUAAACGGUUGGGUGGUGAGGGGGUGUUGUGAUCUCCUUUUUAUUGGUGGUGUAUGGAUCGAAAGAAAGAAGUAGAGAUCAUGAGAGAGAAUCAAGUUGGGACCGAGACCGGGGGAAUAGCCGUGACCAAGGGAGGGAUUAUGAUCAUAGGAGCAGAGAUCGUGAGAGGUAUAGUGAUCGAGGUCAUGCUAGGAAUUAUGAGUGCUUUCAGACUUAUGAUUCUAGAAGUCACCACAGGUCACAUUCAAGGUCUAGGGAACGCUCCAGGGAUCAUGAUCGCCACAGGUACUUGUUUAACAAUAUCCCAUGCUUGUUUAACAAUAUAUUAUUAGUUUUGUUUUGUGAUCAUUUUUUAACUUAUUAAAUUGGUAAUAUAAUGUAAUAUUUGUUUUCUAUUAUUGUAAAAUGUGCCAACUUGAGUCUUUUACCAUUCUUUUCAAAUUUAAUGCUGAACUCUAGCUAGUAUUUGAGUCCAAGAAGUUGAAUAUAUGAUAAAAGCCAGGGACAGUCGUAUCAAAUAUAUUUGAGGAUGUGAGCUACAAUUCUCUAUGAUUCUGGCAAUAAACUCUUUAUCACCUG